CUGCCGAACCCGAUUGGGAGGUUAGUGACACCCGGGUGUCUCCGUAUCCUCCGGAGGUGGAAUCUCCAUAUCCUUAUUUUGCAAUUUUUGCCUCUCGUGUCUCUCCCAGACUCCCUCUUUCGCCGUCCCUUCCCAGCACAAUUUAAAUUCCUCCCUCCGGUUCCUUGAGUAUAUAUUAUGACUGCAUGUGGUGCUUAAAGAUGGCCAUUUUGCCCAGUCAUCAGUUCUACCCAAGAAGAACAAGGCUGCAGCUUCUCAGGUAUAGUUCUUCUGCCCCCUUCAAGAAACAACCUUUCGGCGAAUCAAAUAGAACCCUCUCCCCAGAUAGUAGUUUAGGGAAGACUCAUAAUAAAAAUUCAAUUUUUAUUCCGAGAAACAACGUUAAGAAGUGGGGCCUGCAACAGUCAAGUUAUGCUCGUUCUUGGUUAGACAAGUGGAAUGAAGACUUUAAGAACAAUAAGUUGAAAAGACCUCAAAUUGUGUUGAACUAUAGGAAUGGUGGGGAAUAUUCUGAUUCAGAUGGAGAAGGGAGUGAUAGUGGUAGCACGAUGGAGAAAAUUGUUCAAAAAUUAAAAGCAAAUGGGUAUACUGAUGUUGUUAGUGACAAGAAUACGAAAGUAGAGAGAGUGAUAGAGAAAGGUUCUAUUGAGGAUAUAUUUCAUGUUCGAGAAGGUUUAUUGCCAAAUCCUAGAGGUGGGUUUUCUGAGAAGCAUCCAUUUGGGGAUGAAAGUGUGCUUGAUAGUGAUGGAGAAGUUAGAUUUCCAUGGGAGGAGUCAAUAAAGGAAGAAGAAAAGAGGUAUUCAGUGAGGAAGAAGAGUAGUAUUUAUUUGGCUAAGGUAAGUCUACCUGAGCCAGAGUUAAGAAGGCUGACCAAUUUUGCUCUUGGGAUAAAAAACAAGAUGAGGGUUACUGGGGCAGGUGUUACCCAACAUGUUGUAGAAACUAUUCACGAGAAAUGGAAAUCUUCUGAGGUGGUGAGGCUGAAAAUUGAAGGUCCUCCAGCUCUUAAUAUGAAGAGGGUGCAUGAGAUACUAGAGAGGAAAACUGGUGGAUUGGUGAUUUGGAGAUCUGGCACUUCAGUGGCUCUGUAUAGAGGCGUUAAUUAUGAGGCUCCUGAAAGAUCAAAAAAGCGAAUAUUCAACGGAAAUGAGAUUCCCCACAAUUCAUAUUCAAAGGUGGAUAAAACGUCUAGGAAGGAACCUUCAGAAAGUGUUCUUGACAACUUGAGUACAUCAGAUGAGAACAAAGAUAUUGAGGGACAAGUAGAGGUGAAAUAUGACGAUGAAGUGGACAGGCUGUUGGAUUGCCUUGGGCCGAGGUAUUUGGAUUGGCCUGGACCAGGCCCAUUGCCAGUGGAUGGAGAUCUUCUCCCAGGUAUAAUCCCGGGUUAUCAACCUCCUUUUAGGGUACUUCCAUAUGGGGUUAGAUCUACACUUGGAACUAAGGAAGCAACAGCUUUACGAAGGCUAGCAAGAACAUUGCCACCGCAUUUUGCUAUAGGUAGGAGCAGGCAGCAUCAUGGUUUGGCAUCAGCCAUGAUUAAGCUGUGGGAAAGAUGUUCUAUUGCAAAGGUUGCACUAAAGCAUGGUGUGCAACUAACUACAAGUGAGAGAAUGGCUGAUGAUAUUAAGAAAUUAACCAGAGGCAUUCUGCUCUCCAGAAACAAGGACUUUCUGGUGUUCUAUAGAGGGAAAGAUUUUUUAUCUCAAGAAGUUGCCGAUGCAUUAUUGGAAAAGGAGAGGUUUGCCAAGGCAUUGCAAGAUGAAGAAGAGAAAGCACGUCUAUGUGCUUCGGUUUUGGUGGCCCCACAUGUCCAUGUGGAAGAUUCUUCUGGAAGAGCUGGCACACUUGAAGAAACUCUGGAUGCAAAUGCUAAAUGGGGGAAAACGGUGGAUGAGACGGACAAGGAGAAGGUGAUGAGGGAAGCUGAAAUUUUAAGGCAUGCUAACCUUGUAAGGAAGCUUCAAACGAACCUUGCCAUAGCUGAAAGGAAAGUAAUGAAAGCAGAACGGGCCUUGUCAAAGGUGGAGGAGACUUUGAAGCCAUUAGAGCAGCCAGCAGAUCCAUAUAGCAUAACCGAUGACGAGAGAUUUAUGUUCCGCAAACUGGGAUUAAGGAUGAAAGCUUUCUUACUUCUAGGUAGACGUGGAGUUUUUAGUGGUACCGUGGAGAACAUGCACUUGCAUUGGAAAUACCGAGAACUGGUUAAGAUCAUUGUGAAAGCUAAGGAUAUUGAACAAGUAAAAAGUAUUGCCUUAGCACUAGAAGCAGAGAGCGGCGGUGUAUUGGUUUCAUUGGACAAAGUAUCCAAAGGGUAUGCUGUAGUUGUGUUCCGAGGAAAGGAUUAUCAACGCCCUCCUACCCUUCGACCCAAAAACCUUUUAACCAAGAGGAAAGCUUUGGCACGUUCCAUUGAGCUACAGAGACGCGAGGCUCUUCUGAGUCAUAUUGAAACUGUUCAAAAGAGAGUAAAGCAGCUGAAGGCGGAAAUUGAACAAAUGGAUAGUAUUAGAUAUCAUGGAGAUGAGGAACUAUAUGACAAGUUGGACUCGGCAUAUCCUAGUGAUGACGAGGAGAGUGAGGAAGACGCGGGUGUCGAUCAAGAUGGCACUAAUGAAGAAUUUAUAAAUGGAAGUGACAGUUCAGGCUAUUCCGAAACCAAGUUUACAUGCGAUGAUAGCCAAGAUGAAGAGGAAGAAGUAGUACUUCUUCCUAGUGGAACGAUAAUGUAAUGGAUUUUCGUAUUCCAGGAAUGUCAUAUCUAUAUGAGAAGUGUGACUGUUAUCCUUGUAUAGUUUCAUCACUUGCAUGUGAGUAUUUUCUUGUUUGAUAAAAUUAAAAUUGACAGAAUAUGUUUGAAUUGAUAAAAUUUUAGUUGAAACGACUGAAAUGACUGAAUGUGCAUAAUUGUUG